UAUAAAUGUAGUCUGUUCUGUAGCUGUACUCAGAAAAACACCCAAAUUCUUAGAUUCCUUCAGUCAAAACCCUAAUCUUCCCAAAUUUUCAUUAACACUCUCUACCCAGAUCAACCACCCCUGAAAAUUGUGGAACUAAUUGAUGCAAAGGCUGGGGAGUGAAACAGAGAAUUCAUUCAUUUCAGGUGUUAUCUAUGAGGUGAGACAAGUUGAAUGAUGGCGGACUUACCAGGUUAUAUGCGCAACUGCUCGCACACUGGAAAACUUGCAGUUUUGGCAAUAUUAGUUUCAGGAGGAAUUGUAUUGCAAAUCUUGGCAUGUGCUCUGUACAAUAAUUGGUGGCCAAUGCUGACUGUAAUAAUGUAUGUCCUUCUUCCAAUGCCUUUGAUGCUCUUUGCUGGCUCUGAUGGUUCUUCUCUUUUAUCUGAAUCAGACAAUAGUUGGGUCAAUGCAACCAAAUUCUUGACUGGAGCUUCUGCGGUUGGAAGCAUAGCUAUACCAGCUAUCCUAAAGCAUGCUGGAGUUAUUGGUUGGGGCGCCCUGGCCAUGGAACUUUCAUCAUAUUUCAUAUUUGUUCUAGCCAUAAUGUGUUGUAUUCGAAUGAAUGAUGAUGAUGAUUACAGUUUCCUCUGAAAGAUGACUGAUUAUCAAAGUUAGUUCAGAUUAGGCUAAAUAUUUCCUGUUUUGAUGAGCCUCAUUUCCAUGUUUGUUCAUGCCGAUUGAUCAGUUGAUUUUUUCUUUUCCUUUGUAAUGAGUGCCAUUAUUGUGUUCAAAAAUUUGCUCUAACAUUUGAGAGAUUGAUCUUGAUUUAACAUUUAUAAAGUGAUGGGUGGAAUAAAGAAUCUGCAGGCAUGCUUGUUUUCU